AUGUGGAUCGAACGCGGACAUGGAGAAACGGACUAUUUUCUGACGCAGGCACUUUCAGGACACGGAAACGUUUCCCAACCCCUGCAAAGUGAUCGUCAAACAAAUAUUGUAGCUGAAAUUCAGGCUGUAACAAUUGCUGCAAUGCAAGCUCGGAAAGCCGGAAUUAAAAAUUUGAUAAUCAACACCGAUUCAAAGUUUAUCAUUGAUUGUUUUGAGGAACAUCUUGAUAAAUGGAAAGCCAAGGGAUGGAUUAAUAGCAGAGGGGUACAAGUUGUUAACAAGCUCGAUUUCCAGAAAAUGGAAAAUGCUCUAAGUUACUUGAACUAUGAAUGGUUGCAUGUAUGUAGCCAUAACGGAAUUUACGGAAAUGUCAUGGCAGACAAAUUGGCAAGGAAGGGUAUAUUUGCUUGAAAUGUGAAAGCAGUACUUGUUAUUAUAUUAGAAAAUUGUCUGAAUCAGAUUAUUUGGAUUUUAAUAUAACAGAAAAAUGUAUUGUCAGGUAGAAUGUAACGAAAGCCAAACAUGUUAAAAGCCAAAAACUCCCUAGUUUCUCUGACAAUAAGAAAUUUAGUAAUUUCAAAAACUUAAAAUGUAUUUAAAGCCACAGUUUUGACUUUGAGAAAAUUCU